AUGAAUAAUUCCGGUGCAGCGACGCCACCAUUGGCCACCCAGCAAUCACAUCUCCGCCAACUGUCGGAGUCCCUUGCCGCGUUCCAACAAUGCUUUAGUGAUCUACAACUACACAUUAAUUCCAUCCGUACUUCCAUCGACUCUUUACUGCCACCGCCUCACACAAAUAACACCACUCCUUUACCCGCCACAUCAUCACAGCCCGCAGCACCAGCCCCGGAACCCGAACCCGAACCAUCUUGGGAAUCUGAUCCCUCUGAAGACAUAGAAGAAGAAGAAGUCGAGGGAGAGGAAAAGGAUGUGCAAAAAGAAGAAUACAACGAGAAAGUGGAAGAAGAAGUGAAUUCUCCUCAUUCAGAGUUGAAAUCGCCUUGUUUGGAGUUGAAACAGUCUCCUUCGGAGUUGAAACCGUCUCCUUCGGAGUUGAUUACGCCUGGUUCGGAGUUGAAACCGUCUGGUUCGGAGUUGAAAUCGCCUGGUUCGGAGUUGGAAAUCUUAUGCCAAACAAUGGACAGUGAAGGUCUACGGGAGUAUAUGAUAACACAUAUCCAAUAUACUCACGAACUGCGUGUACAAGUUCCUAAAGCAUUGAAACUUUCACCCGGACCAGCAAGUCUUGUAUUUAAAUGUAUGGGCAAGUUUUAUAACAAAGGGAGCAAGUCGUAUGUUAAUAACUCACCUUUGAUCCAGGAAAGGAAGACCAAAGAACAUCAUAGAAUAAGAGCAAAAAGGAAGGCUUUAGUAUUGCUUUUGGAGUGUUUCUUGUUGAUGAUGGGAACCGACGACGAUAAUAAGGGAGUUGAGAUUGAGAAAGAGUUGAAGGAAGAGGCAGAGCAAGCAGCUUUAGCAUGGUUAAAGAGGAUGAAUCUUGAAGGUGGUGUAAAACAGGCUCAAGAAAUGGAUGCCCGGGGAUUGCUCAUGUUUAUUGGGUGUUUUGGGAUUCCAGAUAAAUUUAAUGACGCAUGUAUCAGAGAUUUACUUCAGGUAAGUAAUAUUAAUUGGAUUUCUGAUGCUAUUAGGAGAUCAAAUGUUCUCAUGGCAAAGAUUCCAGAAAUAAUAGGGGACAUGUUGGCGAAUAAGACAGUAGUUAAAGCUGUUCACAUUGCCUAUUGUUUUGGAAUUCAGGACAGGUUUAACCCUAAGAAACUUUUGGCAUCAUUUUUAAGAGAGUCUAAAAGUUCAUUUGACAAAAUGAAUGGAUCACAAGGUGCACAUCCAGGGAAUAUUGGAGCAAAAAGGAAGUACUUGAAUGAUCUGAAAUCGGUCAUUAAAUGUUUGCGAUGUCACAAUAUUGAUCCUGCAAAACUUCUUGGGGGUUGGCAAAUCAAUACGAGAAUAAUGAGCUUGGAGAAAGAAAUUGCUGAAUUCAAUAAGCAGAUAGCUGAUCAUAAGAUGGCACAACAAAAUGCUGGAUUACGUAAGAGAAAAGUCUAUGAAACUGAGUGGUUGAGCAACCAAGAAGUGAAACGCUCACAUUUUUCAAAUCCAUGGCCGCCACAUCAGCAGCAAAGAGUUGUUGUUAAUCAUGUUGUUAGCAACAACACCUUGUUAGAAGGUGGUGGAACUGCUGGCCACAAUUAUGGUUAUUCUAUGUCCCCUCCGGUAUUGCAUGGACCUGUUGCCGGCUCAAUACAUGAAAAUGUUGUUGGUUCACUGGCGGGAGCCCUGGUAGGUGCGGCCAUGGUUGGACCUGGAGCUGGUAUAUUGCCAAGUCCACAAGGAGGUGCAUAUGCUGGAGGUCAUGGAGGGAGUCGAGUUGAUAGUACACCCAGGCAAGUAGGAAGUCAUGCUGGUCAAUUAUAUGGAUCGUGUGGUAAUGCUUAUAGGCCUGUGCCAUACAUGGAAAGCUCUAAGGGGUUGCCAAACACCGUACCUGGUGAUGCUAAUAGGCGAUCACCACCACAGUUGGAAGUCUCUAUGGGGUUGCCAAACACUAUACCUCCACUAUAUCAGUUUGCUGGUACUGUUCCAGCAACUGAACAAAACCAAAGCAGUGGCUCACAGGCAGUUGAUGCUCAUCCUUCGUCCUCCUUGUACCGACAGAGAUAG